GCGGUUGUGCGUAUGGAUGAGCGCCGGGAGGAGCAGAUCGUGCAGCUGCUGAGCGCCGUCCAGGCGAAGAGCGACAAGGAGCAGGAGGCCAUGUCCUGGUGGUCUGGGGACGAAGACGGCCCGACUCCAGAGCAGCCUGCGAAAGUGAAAACAGAUGCUGAAACACCUCCUGUCAGGCAGAGACUGGUCUUGGAAAAAACAUCUCUUGAUCGGGAUGUGGAAUAUCUCUUUGAAACAAAUGAGCAAGAUACUGAUUUAGAUGAGCAGCUUAAAGAAGACUUAAGAAAGAAGAAGUCUGAUCCCAGAUAUAUUGAAAUGCAGAGAUUCCGAGAGAAACUCCCUUCAUAUGGAAUGAGACAGGAGCUUGUAAACCUUAUAAACAAUAAUCGAGUAACUGUGAUAAGUGGUGAAACUGGUUGUGGAAAGACAACCCAAGUGACACAGUUCAUCUUGGAUGAUUAUAUAGAACGAGGAAAAGGGUCUACGUGCCGGAUUGUUUGUACUCAGCCUAGGAGGAUCAGCGCCAUCUCGGUGGCUGAGAGAGUUGCUGCUGAAAGGGCAGAAGCCUGUGGUAAUGGCAAGAGUACAGGAUACCAAAUUCGUCUACAGAGUCGGUUACCAAGGAAACAAGGUUCAAUUUUAUACUGUACCACAGGAAUCGUCCUGCAGUGGCUCCAGUCAGAUAAGCACUUGUCCAGCAUUAGUCAUGUAGUCCUUGAUGAAAUUCAUGAAAGAAACCUUCAGUCAGAUGUUUUAAUGAGUAUUAUUAAAGAUCUUUUGAAUAUUCGUUUGGAUCUGAAAGUAAUACUAAUGAGUGCUACUUUAAAUGCAGAGAAGUUUUCGGAGUAUUUUGAUAAUUGUCCAAUGAUUCACAUACCCGGGUUCACUUUCCCUGUGGUGGAGUAUCUGCUCGAAGAUGUAAUUGAGAAGUUGAGGUAUACUCCAGAAAACACAGACCGUCGGCCACGGUGGAAGAAAGGCUUCAUGCAAGGACAUGUAAGCAGACCAGAAAAAGAAGAAAAAGAGGAAAUCUACAGGGAGCGAUGGCCAGACUACUUAAGGCAGCUGCAGGGCAGGUAUUCAGCAAGUACCAUCGAUGCCUUGGAAAUGAUGGAUGAUGACAAGGUCGACCUUGACCUUAUAGCAGCACUUAUCAGACACAUCGUUUUGGAAGAAGAGGAUGGGGCAAUUCUCGUGUUUCUUCCAGGCUGGGACAACAUCAGCACUUUGCAUGAUCUCUUGAUGUCACAAGUCAUGUUUAAGUCAGAUAGGUUUGUUAUCAUACCUUUACAUUCAUUGAUGCCUACUGUUAACCAGACACAGGUUUUUAAGAAGACCCCGCCAGGAGUAAGGAAAAUCGUGAUUGCUACCAACAUUGCAGAGACUAGCAUUACAAUAGAUGACGUCGUGUUUGUUAUAGAUGGUGGAAAAAUAAAGGAAACUCACUUUGACACACAGAACAACAUUAGCACAAUGGCAGCAGAGUGGGUUAGUAAAGCAAAUGCCAAGCAGAGGAAAGGUCGAGCAGGAAGAGUUCAGCCAGGCCAUUGUUACCAUCUGUACAAUGGACUACGUGCUAGCCUGCUGGAUGAUUAUCAGUUACCAGAGAUCUUGAGGACACCUUUGGAAGAACUCUGUUUACAAAUCAAGAUUCUAAGGCUUGGUGGAAUUGCUUAUUUCCUGAGCAAACUGAUGGACCCACCAUCUCGUGAUGCUGUAAUGUUGGCCAUAAAUCAUCUAAUGGAGCUGAAUGCUUUGGACAGACAAGAAGAACUGACGCCGCUGGGUGUCCAUUUGGCACGAUUACCAGUUGAACCGCAUAUUGGGAAGAUGAUCCUCUUUGGAGCUUUAUUCUGCUGCCUGGAUCCAGUACUUACAAUUGCAGCCAGCCUCAGCUUCAAAGACCCCUUCGUCAUUCCACUGGGCAAAGAGAAAGUAGCAGAUGCAAGAAGAAAGGAACUGUCAAAGAACACUAAAAGUGAUCAUCUCACUGUGGUGAAUGCUUUCACGGGCUGGGAAGAGACUCGGCGUCGUGGUUUCAGAACUGAGAAGGACUAUUGCUGGGAAUACUUCCUCUCUGCAAAUACACUCCAGAUGCUGCAUAACAUGAAAGGACAGUUUGCUGAGCAUCUCCUUGCAGCUGGGUUUGUGGAUAGCAGAGACCCCAAGGAUCCCAAAUCUAAUACCAACUCAGAUAAUGAGAAGUUGCUCAAAGCGGUCAUCUGUGCUGGUUUAUAUCCAAAAGUUGCAAAGAUCCGGCCAAGCUUCAGCAAAAAGAGAAAAAUGGUGAAGGUUUGCACCAAGACAGAUGGAACAGUUAAUAUUCAUCCGAAAUCGGUUAAUGUGGAAGAAACAGAGUUCCAUUAUAACUGGCUUGUCUACCAUUUGAAGAUGAGAACUAGCAGUAUUUACUUGUAUGAUUGUACAGAGGUCUCUCCGUACUGUCUCCUGUUCUUCGGAGGAGAUAUAUCCAUUCAGAAGGAUAAAGACCAGGAUACCAUCGCUGUGGAUGAAUGGAUUGUUUUCCAGUCUCCGGCAAGAAUAGCGCACUUAGUUAAGAAUUUAAGACAAGAGCUCGAUGAUCUUCUAAAAGAAAAAAUAGAAAAUCCCCAUCCCGUGGACUGGAAUGAUACUACAUCCAGGGAUACAGCAGUACUGACAGCUAUUAUAGACUUAAUCACAACACAGGAGAAUGAAAGUACCAGAAACUAUGCUCCGCGAUUCCAGAGCGAGCGCUUUAGUUGA